AUGGAUCUUGAAGGAAGUACAGGUCAAACUGAGAACAAUCCUAUGGCCAUGAAAAAUCAUUAUAUCCCUGAUUCAUUUCAAAGAGCAUCUAAUAUUAGAGUCCCAUUAGCACCCACUAUUAAAUUCGAAAUAAAUCCAAGAAUUUUUCAAAUGCUCCCUAAUUUUCAUAGAUUGCUUUUAGAGAAACCUCAUCAGCACUUAGAAAAAUUUCAUAUGGUCUGUGAUUUAGUUAAUCUCCCUCAAGUUACACCAGAAAUUAUUAAGAUGGAAUUAUUCCCUCAUACACUUAGGGACAAAGCUAGUCAUUGGCUAUCCACAAUAGAUAGAAAAUUAACUAGCUGGAAAGAUAUAGAAUAGGCCUUUCUUUGAAAAUUUUAUCCUUUAGGAAAAACUCAAAAUAUGAGAAAAUAUAUAUUGAGUUUUUCUCAAAGAUCAGGAGAAACUUUGCAUGAGACAUGAGAAAAUUUCAAAGAAUUACUUAGAAAGUAUCCUCAUCAUGUUAUACCCAAGUGGCAGCUCAAUAGAUUUUUUUAUGAUGGAUUAUUAGAACAACAUAGAAAUAUAGUUAAUUCUAUAUGUGGAGGAGCUUUUAUGGAGAAAACUCUUGAUGAGAUUUACAAUCUUUAUGAGAAUUUAAGUGAAAAUUCUAGAGAUCAAGCCUCUUUUGAAUUAUAUGAGAGAGAUAAGAAGAGAGGAAUUUAUGAAUUAUAUCAUGAUGAUGAUUCUAAACUUAGAAAUGAGGUUAAUUAG